GAGAAAGAGAAAGAGUGUUGUUUUGUGACAGGUUUUUGAUGUCUCUUCUCAUGUAAGUUUCAUUUGAUUGUGUGGAAUUUCUUUUCCUUUCUUUUUCUGGGAUUUCUCUCUCUUUCAUAAACAAACUCUUCUUUUUUCUAUUCUCUCUCAAUAUCUUCUUUGAGACAAUGGCCCAGUAAGCUGUAAGCAAGCAGAUCCAAAAAUCCCACAUUUUCUGUGCUUUUCAGAAUACCCACUUUGUUUUUUCAACACUUUUCUCAGCCUUUAUCUUCGUUCAAAGCUUUUCAAAAGAUGCUCGCUUUGAUGUUUUUUCUUUGUGCUUGUUGAUUCUUGGAGUUGCAGAGCUCAAAUUUUAUGAAACGUUGAGCCAGAGAGAGUGAAUCACUGGUGUUUUUUUUGAGAAGGUGCUGUCUCUUAAUGGUACUGAGGGUACCAAGUUGAAUUGUGCUAUCUUAUUGAAUGAACUUAAUGUUCCAACACUAAUGGCACUGCUGGGAAUGCAAGCUGACAUGCAGUAUAAAAGUUUCUUUCCUGGACAUUAUUCUACUAUGGAUCUUAACUUGGAUGCCAAUGGCUCUAUAUGGCCCUUAAAUAAUAUUGAUAAAAUCUUUAUGAAUGGACAUGACUAUAAUGGUGCCUUGUUACUUCCCUCUCCUCAUCAGCAUUUGGUGCAAAACAAGGAUACAUUGAAGCAGGCAAUGCUCAAGCAUGAAGCUAUAUUCAAGGAUCAGAUUCGUGAACUACAUCGCCUUUACUGGAGACAGAGGGAAUUAAUGGAUGAAAUGAAAACCAAGUUGCUAAAACAUCACCUACAGCUGGAGACCUUACUAUCAAAUCCACUUUUGUCUCAGAACUCUUGUGAUUAUGCCCAAAAGACAUGCCACGUGUACAGCUUGCCCCAAAUGAACCCUGCAUGCGACCGAUCAUCUGUUUUAACUGCUGAAAACAACCUACCUCUGUCAUGUUUUAAAGAAGGAAAUAGCAUGUGUGCAGGUCCUGAACCUGCUCAAACUAAAUUCUCUUUAAAAGGCUGUGAGUUAGAGUCUAAGUGCAAGAAGUUUGGUAAGAAGAUCUUGGAUCUUGAACUUCCACCUUAUGAGUACAUUGAUAGCGAAGAAGAGGAAUGUUUACCAAAGGCAACUAUGGUGUUAGAUUAUCCUCCCAAGAGUAAUCAACAACCAUAUCAUGGCAUUGGCAGUUUCAACUCAGCUUUCCAGGGUGAUAAUUUGACUCCCAGUUCUAUUUCUGUAAAAAAGAUCUGUUUGGCUGACUUGAAUGAACCGAUCAAGCCUGAAGAAGAGGUAGAUUCCACGUCCAUGUAUGUGGCUGACUUGAAUGAACCAACCAAGCAUGAGGAAGAGGCAGCUCCUAGAUUCAAGUUUUUGGCUGAUUUGAAUGAACCCAUCAAGCCCGCGGAAGAUGCAGCUUCUGUGUCUAGUGAUUUUCCAAGUUCUGCUGGCAACAAGGAGUUCCCUUGUCUGGAUCUGUCUCAAAAGUCUAAUUCAGGCCUUCAAGUCUUCUCCACAGAGUUGAUGCAAAUUACCAAGAAAGGAAGUGAUCUUGAAACUUGUUCUGAAGGUUUACACCUGGAAACAAACAAAAAGGAAAAGUGGCCAUCUUCUGACAAUGAAGCAGGACAAAGUGGAAGUGAUUCCAUUUCUUUAGCUCCAGGUUUUGGUGUAGAGAGAUCCAUGUCUUUAGAAGAUGCUGAGCUCAAGCUAACUGAAGGACAAAGUGGAAGCGAUUCCAUGUCUUUACCUCCAGGUUUUGGUGGAGAGAUAUCCAUGUCUUUAGAAGAUGCUGAGCUCAAGCAAACUCAAGAAUUUCCAAGGUCUGGUCUCAUGGAUCAGAGUGAGAAAAAAUCUUGCAGUGAAGGUUCAGAGAGCCUUAGAAGAGAAGUCUCCUCUAAUAGCUUUCCUGGCACGGAUACUUGUCAGCUUAUUUCUUUGGCUGAUGUAGGGAAUUCUGAGGCAUCCUCAGUUUCAUCUUGGAGAAAACAUGUACAUGACAUUAUGCGGACCCCUAUAGCAGUUCAAGCACUCCCGUGCUUUAACACAUCUGCACCAUUGAGGAAACGUUCUAAAUCAUCGGCUGCAAGCCCUUGGCUUACUGGUCAGAAGUCUAACACACCAUUGAUCAGUUUUGAUGGUCCGGACUGUAAUAACGAUGAUUUGGCAUCUAAGCACCAUUUUCCUACAAAAUUCAUUAGCCUUUCCGUGGAAGUGAAGCCUGCAAUGGAUGUUAAUUCUAAUUCAGUGUCACAUAACUGUUCCUCGGAUAGAGAAAAGAAGCUUGAAGAUUUAACUAGGGGGUUACCUUGGCUUAAAACAAAUUCAAUAUGUAAGAGGAAACGUGGUAAAAGAAGUGAGCUGUCAACUCGAGUGGAAUCUGUCUUAGAACGAGCUAAUUUAUCAUGCAUCCAUGAUGUAGAGCUGAAAAAGGUUGAUGCAAGCAACAACUCAAGUGACAAGGCGGUUCGAGGAUUUCAAAAAAUAUAUAAUAAGCCUCCUCAUGUGUCCAAUGGCCACUCUUCAUCCCAUCAGUAUCCAUCUGAAGAUGAAUACAUCAUGACUAAGGAGAAUAUCAGAGUAACUGAUAUUAAUGUGGAUUCUGAUCCUGUGACUGAGUCAAAAAUACAGCUAUUUUUGAGUAAGGAUGUUGCAGGGGGUGGACUUCAUAAGAGAACUUCAGAUUUUGGAGUCACUAUUGACCUGAACUCAAGCAUAGAUGAGCAUGACUAUUCACCAGCACUCACUCUUUCAACAGAAAUGGAUUUGGAAGCGCCAGUGAGCCCAGAAAAUAAGGAGAGAUCUCCACCGAGAGGAGAAUCAGAUGAAAACCAUGUGGGGACACCUUUUCGAUUCUCUGGAAAGGAAGAUGAGGAUGUGCAAAUGGAUCUUGUUGGUAAUGCAGUGACGGCUAUAGUGUCAGGACAAGAACGUGGGGCUGUGCUAGAUGAACUUGUUGGGACUGCAGCAAAGGCUAUAGUUUCCAUAUCUUCAUCUACGGUUCAAACUUGUUCAGAAACUGCCGCAUGCGAGCCAUUUGAACCUUGUUGGAGUGACGAGCUGUAUUGGUUUGCCGGGGUAGCUUCUUUAGUGGUUGAUGAUCCUGAUUGUGAAUUUGGAGUAGCUCUGAGUUGUAAGAACAGUCAGGAUAACGAUGAGUUCCUGUCUGAUGGUCUCGACUAUUUUGAGGCCAUGACACUGAAGCUGACUGAGACAAAGGUCGAAGAACAGUGGGUUAAUAAGAGCAAUGACCAGAAAGACCAUAAAGAGGAAGAAACAGUUGAUACUUUUUUGAUGAGUCAGACAAGGAGAGGCCGGAUGAGAAGGAGGAGGCAGCAGCAGCAGGACUUCCAAAGUGAAAUUCUCCCAAGUCUUGCUUCUCUGUCAAGAUAUGAAGUGACUGAGGAUCUGCAGACAAUAGAAGGGCUAAUUGAAGCUGCUAAUUACACUUGGGGAACAUGCUCUACAAGAAACAUGGGCAGAACUUCCCGGGCAAGGGGAAGGAGGCGCACAGGCAUUUCUACUUCCAAUUUAACGGAGAUUAGUUGUCUGGAAAAGGGAGUUGAGGAGGGAAAACUCAUUGGUUGGGGGAAGAUAACAAGGCGGCGAAGGGGGCCAAGAUGUCCUGCUAGUAAUCCUCGCCUUAUUCAAGGGCAAGUACAUUGAGAGUAAGCGAGAUAUGUUUAUUGGUUUUUUGGGUGGAGGAAAUAUUGAACCAUGGGAUUUCAUGUACAUAUCUACUCCAAUAUGGUAUAUGCAAUUUAACAUUCAUACAGGAGAAUAGAAACUUGCAUGGUUUUGCAGUGAUAUAUUAUAUUGAGCAAUGUGAUUGAUUUGUA